UCUUGUUUUCUAUUGUUUGCUGCGUGUUGUACUUCUCAAUUAUUUUACCGGCUCCAAAUUUUUAAAAUGUCAUUAAGAAUUGCAUCAGGCGGAUCUGUGCCCAAAAAGACCAAAACUGAAAAUGGUUUGGAACGAAGUUCAGAUGAUGAAUUAGAAACACCUUCAGCAUUUAAUCCAAAAUAUCGCGUCUGUCCAUAUUUAGACACGAUUAAUCGUCCUUUACUGGACUUUGAUUUCGAAAAACUUUGUUCAAUUUCUCUAACACGUAUUAACGUUUAUGCCUGCCUUGUUUGUGGUAAAUAUUUCCAGGGUCGCGGCACAAAUACACAUGCUUAUACGCAUUCUGUGUCAGAAGCGCAUCAUGUGUUUCUUAAUUUACAAACAUUACGUUUUUACUGUCUGCCAGAUAACUAUGAGAUAAUUGAUUCGUCCUUGGACGAUAUCAAAUAUGUCUUAAAUCCUACAUUCGUCACACAGGAUAUACGAAAUCUAGAUCGGUCAGAACCGAAAUAUUCGCGUACAAUUGACGGUACAUUAUAUUUGCCCGGUGUAGUAGGUUUAAAUAAUAUUAAGGCAAAUGAUUACUGUAAUGUAGUUCUACAUGCACUUUCACAUGUGGGACCCUUACGGAACUACUUUCUGCGAGAACAAAGUUACGCCCGCAUUAAACGCCCACCUGGUGAUUCUAUGUUUAAUUUGGUUCAACGUUUCGGUGAGUUAAUGCGUAAAAUAUGGAAUCCACGUAAUUUUAAAGCACAUGUAUCACCACAUGAAAUGUUGCAGGCUGUGGUUUUAUGGUCUAAUAAACGUUUCCAAAUCACUGAACAAGGUGAUCCAAUAGACUUCCUUUCCUGGUUUCUACAUACGCUGCAUCGUGCAAUGAAAGGUAACAAAAAACCUGAUUCGUCUAUUAUAUAUAAAAUAUUCUUAGGGGAAAUGAAAAUCUACACUAGAAAAAUACCUCCAGUGGAUUUAGACGACACACAAAAGGCGCUACUUCUAGCUACUGAAGAGUAUCAAGUAAAAUGCGAGGAAUCCAAUUUUUUAUAUUUAACGUGUGACCUACCGCCACCACCAUUAUUCACAGAUGAAUUUAGGGAGAAUAUUAUACCCCAAGUAAAUUUAUAUCAAUUAUUGGCAAAAUUCAAUGGUCAAACAGAGAAGGAGUACAAAACAUAUAAGGAUAAUUUUCUGAAACGUUUUGAAAUAACACGUUUGCCACAGUAUAUAAUUUUAUAUAUAAAACGUUUUACGAAAAAUACAUUCUUUUUGGAAAAGAACCCAACUAUAGUCAAUUUUCCAAUUAAGAAUGUGGACUUCGGCGACAUACUUUCGAUGCCAAAUCGUGACCAAAUCAAGGAUACAAAAUAUAAUUUGGUUGCGAAUAUAGUACACGAUGGUGAACCUAAAAAAGGCACUUAUAGAGCACAUAUAUUACACAAAGCUAAUAGCAAAUGGUAUGAAAUGCAGGACCUACACGUAACUGAAAUUUUGCCACAAAUGAUAACUCUAACGGAGUCCUAUAUACAAAUUUAUGAGCGCAGCGAUGAUCAAUAAAAGCGCCCUGAAAGUAGGAUACAAACAGAGUUUCGCAUUGCUCUUUAAUUGGAAUAUUGUAGGAUUAAAA